AUGGAGCGCAGAGAAAACCUUCCGGCGACCCAAGAUUCCAAAACCAAUAAUCAUCAUCAGCAGCAGUCGGAAUCAGCCGCCAUCGCUGAAAAUCAGUCUAGGACCCAACCGGCUCCGCCGCCGUUCAGGUUUUCCAACCGGGUUAUUCUGAAAAACAUACUCGAAGGGGAAGAUGGGGGUGUGGGAUUCGUAGGACGGAGAAUCGUAGUCGGCGGGUGGGUGCGAACUUCCAAGGAAAUCAGGAAAGAGUCUGCGGCGGCUCCGGAGCAGCAAUUACCGGCCGGUGGCGGUAUGGUGUCCAGGACAUCUCCCGGUCACAAGGACGUCAGCUGCGUGGAGAUGCUGCAAGCCCGAAUUCCGCUUUUCAGGUCGAUAAUCAAGAUUCUCGCCGGCGGAAGCCAUGGCGCUUUUGGUGGCAGCUCCGGUACCUCCCCUGUACGCGAGAAGCUGCCGCCGGCGUCCCCUGAAUCGAGGAUUCAGAGGCCUCCCCCGCCUUCCACCGCUUACUUGCUUGUCAGCGAUGGCUCCUGCGCUGCUAGUCUUCAGGUUGUGGUGGAUUCCUCUGUAGCCUCCCCUGCCCUGUUCCUUCCCAUCGGAACCUGUUUACUCGUGGAAGGCAUACUCCGGCUGCCGCAGUCGCCUGGAAAGCACCGCGUCGAGCUCUCCGUGGAGAAAAUCCUUCACAUUGGGACCGUGGAGAAGGACAAGUACCCGUUGGCUGCCAAGCGAGUCCCGCUUGAGAAUCUCAGAGAAGCUUCGCAUUUCCGCCACCGCUCAACCACCGUGGCGUCGGUUAUGCGGGUACGUAGCGCCCUGACAUUCGGAAGCCACACGUUCUUCAACAAUGGAGGAUUUUUCUACGUACAGGUCCCCAUAAUCACGAACACCGACGCCGAAGGAUUCAGCAGCAAGUUCCAAGCGACGACGCUGCUGUCCGGGAAAGAAGACGCUCCGGCGAAAGGAGGCGACGAGCUCAGCAUGGAAGCUGUGAAGGCGGCGAUUCGAGAGAAGAGCAGUUUGGUGGAGGAGCUGAAGAGAAGCGAGAGUAACAGGGAGGCAUUGGCGGCGGCGGUUCAGGAUUUGCGGAAGACGGAUCAAUUGGCGGCGCAGUUGGAAGCCAAGCAGCAGAAAACCCCGAAACCGGGCUUCUUAACGACGAAAUCGAGCAAGCUUAACGUGGCGGAAGAUUUCUUCUCCAGGCAGGUUCAUCUAACCGUCUCAGGCCGGCUUCAUCUCGAGAGCUACGCUUGUGCUCUGGGAAACGUCUAUGCGUUCGGGCCGAGAUUCCGGGCGGAUCGAUAUGCCAAUCCCAGGUACCAGGCGGCGGAGAUGUGGAUGCUUGAAGCUGAAAUCGCCUUUUCACAGCUAGAGGAUGCAAUGAACUGUGCAGAGGAACAUUUGAAGUUCAUCUGCAAAUGGGUACUGGAGAAAUGCACUGGAGAUAUGGGAUUUAUAUCGAAUCGAAUUGAUAAAACUUGCAUCGAUCGCCUCCAGGCGACGAUUGCUUGCUCAUACGAAAGGAUCGCAUACAUGGAUGCUGUAGAGAUUCUUAAAAAGGUGACUGACAAGCGAUUCGAGACGAGCCUCGUAUGGGGUAUUGAUCUCACAGCAGAACAUUUAAGUUAUCUGGCUGAUGAAAUGUUUAAGAAGCCAGUUAUUAUCUACAAUCACCCAAGGGACAUUAGACCGUUCUACGCACGCUUGAAUGACGACUUGAAAACAGUGGCCACCUUCGACAUGGUCGUUCCCAAGGUUGGGAAACUGAUCUCCGGUAGCCAGAACGAAGAGAGGAUUCACAUGGUCGAGACAAGGAUUAAGGAGCUGGGACUACCGAUUGCACAGUACGAAUGGUACUUGGAUCUUCGAAGGCACGGAACAGUGAAGCAUUCUGGAUUCGCUCUUGCUUUCGACCUUAUGGUUCUCUUCGUUACCGGCCUCCCCGACGUCAGAGAUGCAAUCCCUUUCCCCAGAACCUUUGGCAAAGCCAACAACUAAAAUGACUGUACACUUGAAACCACUGUACAUCAGCAGCAUCAUUCAAGUUGUAAAAAAAACCGCUGCCUGUUUAUUGUUCUAACAAAAGUGUACAUAGACAUGUAUAAUAAUACACAGAAAUGCAAUUUAUUUCCUUUCUAAUCAACGGAUUCUUAAAUCUCUUGAUUUGACAAUCCAAGAAAAUGCUUUCCUUUCAAAAAGU